AUGGCAGCGAAGAUGGAAGGUGUUGGCGAGAGCAAAGCGCUGUUCCAGGCUGGUGUUGGGCAUGCCUUUGAUGACUGGGAUGUUGUGGGCAAGGCCAUCGACAACCAGUGGGGUGGAGAGCACACGGAUGAGAAGGUGGAGUGGAUGAAGGAGGUCGUCGCAGAGUGGUUCUUCGAGAUUCCUGGCGAGCCACCAACGGCCCAGGAGGUGGCGUGGUACAUUGGGGAGAUCUUCACAAACGAGUUCAACGUCAUGAACGACGGCAGCAUGGCCAGCGACAUUGCGGCAGUGCUGGUGGAUCUGUUCCGCCUCCAGGCAAACAACAACACAGCUGAACUGCAGAAGUUCUGUGAGGAAGCGGAGGCAAGGCACGCCAAGUCGUCGAGGGCCCGCGGUCGACGACCCCGCCGCGCCGAACCAGACGCGAUGGCGGAGAGCGAUGAUGCCAGCGGCGACGACGACAGCGAUGACGAUGACGAUGACGAUGAUGAGGAGGAGGGAGAUGGGCAGGACGGUAACGCCAACGAGGAGCAGGAAGAAGACGAUGGCUGGACCACGGUGGGGCCGAAGUCGGGCAAGCAGAAGGGGAAGAAGCAAAAGGGCGGCAAGGGAUCAAAGAAGAAACACCAACAGCAGCAGCAGCAGCAGCAGGCGGUGCCGCAGUUGGAGUCUGGCAUGGACAGCGUGCAACUGAAUGAGUGA